AUGAAGCCGGCGCAGCACCUCCUCAAAAUAUUGCCACGACUUCGCGCUGUUCGAGCCUACAGCAGCGGUACGAGUCGCCCUCUUCUUCACAGUGAUCUGGAGGAAGCAUCCCGGACGCACGGCUGCCAGCAGGUCAUUUGGCUGUACGGACCCGACGAGCAAGUCACCGAAGCCGGCGCAAUGAACCUGUUUGCGUUGUGGAAGGACAAGGAGGGCCAACUCGAGCUCAUCACCCCUCCCCUCGAUUCCGGCUUGAUCCUGCCGGGUGUGACCCGCCGCUCGCUCCUCGAACUCGCCCGGAAAUGGGAUAUUUGCAAAGUUUCUGAGCGCACCUUCACGAUGAGCGACAUUGUGGACGCGAUCAAGGAAAAGCGGAUGCUCCAGCUCUUCUUCACCGGCACCGCCGUGGUGAUGUCGCCCAUCGGCGAGAUCGUCUACCGCCCAAAAGAUGGCAACGUCGUCCGCCUGCCGAUCCCGACGAUGACUGCCGAACCGAAAAUCAUGCAACGCCUCUUUAACGCCAUCGUCGACAUCCAGUACGGACGCGUGGAGGUGCCCGGCUGGACCGUCGAGUGC